AAUAAAAAUUGUCACGUCUGAAAACGGAAAAUUUUGAUGACACAAGUUGACUCACAAAUUACCGAAGUUAUUCAAACACAUUGGAUUGCAGUUGCUGGAAUUUGGAGUGCCUUGUGUAGUCAGUAGUCUGAACAAGCUUCAUCCUCUUCACACAUUCCUCAGGAACACAGUGCAAUUCAGUGGAGUCCAGAGCCGGCCUUGAGCCCGCUUGAUUCCAGGUUGAAGAGUGCGUCAAGACUCGAAAGAUCUGCGAUUCUCCAGUAUGAUAGUCAUAAUGUGAUUCCCGUGGAAAAGCUUUGCUUGUGCCUUGUGGUACCUACUUUAUUCGGCAUCUUCUGUUGGCCUGGUUCUUCCAGUUCCAGGUGGCCCUUUCUGAUACGCAUCACUACCUAAACGGUAAUUGCAUCUUUCCAAGUUUGUUCUGAAACGCGAUAUGCUGACGGUGCUAAUGAGCGGGGAUAUGUCCGCAGUGGUGGAUGUUGGAACCUUCACAGUUCCAGCUGGAUGCUUAUUGCAGGCAAGAUCCUUUAACGACGAGACCAACCAGGUGGUUUUGGAGUCGCUGGACGAAUUCAACGGCGUAUCUCAGGGACUGUUCGUGCAGGCGAUGGAGAAGGAUCUGAUUGAGAUCAGUUUGUUCACCACGAUGCUGCUGCGUGCGGAAAAACAGCAUCGUCUGCGUCUGUUGGUAUGCCGCGACGAGAAUUGGCUGGAAGAAGCCAUUCAUAUCUUCGAAGAAUCCGAUGUGUUGGUGUCGUGCGGAGCGGCACAACUGCAUGGCACAGUGCGCUAUGUGGGACCGCUGCAGAAACUUCCGCCGGGCAAGGUCGGCGAUGAGAAAUGGUUCGGUGUGGAGGUGACGUACAGCAAUGUGGAUCUGCUGCGCCAACUGGUACCCACCGCCGGUGAUGGAUCUCCGCAUUUCAAGUGUGAAAACGGCCGUGGAUUGUACGUAACGAUUUGCUCAAUACGCCUGGCCGAUGUGAUAAUGGAAGUGCCUUUCGAGGGGAAGAAGCCGUUCUCUGCGCGCACCAGAAAAUCGGAGACGCUCAAACAAGUGCAGAACGAAGUAUCACGGAAGGGUUUUGGAAUGAAGCCAGGAUGGUCGAAGGAGUUCGAUGUUGCGCCCAAGGCAUCAGCAACAGUUCCCGCCAUUUCAUCCACUGUGAUUCCUACCUAUGAGAUCAACGACCGAGUGGUGUGGAUCAAGGAUGAUAACCGGCACGUCAGGGGCACAGUAAGGUUUAUUGGUGAAGUAGGCGGAAGUCGGGGAAGCGGACGGAAGAUGGCUUUGGAACUGGAUUCACCGGAAGGCGAUGAUGAUUUCACGGGCAUGCAUAACGCCAUUGCCACCUUCAAAGUUCAGCAGCGGUAUGGCGUCUUCAGGGACGAAGAAGACCUGUUAAAACAGUUGAUGCGAGAGAACGACUACGGGUACUGCCAAACACCUGCCGCACCAGUCGUCGACAAGGAUGGUUCAAAAAAAGCGGAGAAGGUGAAGGAUAAAGAACAAGAUAAAAAAUUGAAAAAAGGCGAUCGGGUGGUAUGGUAUGACAAGGAAGGAGUGGCAGUUCCUGGUGAAGUCAAAUUUGUCGGUAAUGUGCCAGAGAAGAAGAAAGACAAAAGCGUUGUGGAAAAAGUUGGCGUCCUAUUGGAUGUCCCAAAGGGGGAUAAAAAUUUCGAAGGCAAAUCAGCGGACGGAAAACAGUUAUUCCCAUGCAAGAAGGGCCAUGGCAUACUUGUUGGGGUCUACGAAUUGAUGUUGGAAAGUGACUAUAAGGCAACACUCCCGGCUUCAUAUCCGGAAACUCCACAGUCCGCUCGUGAGGAAAACCCUUUUGAGCUUCUUCGAGGAAAAGAAUUGGAAGUUGGCGAUGAGGUGAUGUGGAUUGUCAAGGCUGGUGAGGAUGGCGAUGACGUACAACCGGAACGUGGAACAAUCAGAUACAUUGGCUCGGAGUUUCCUGACAAAUACGUUGUUGAAUUUAGAAACAAAGUGGGACAAGAGAACUGGACAGGCAAACACAGAAAGAAGCAGCUCUUCGAAAGUAAACCGGGACAUGCUAGAGUUAUGGCGCGCGAGGAACUGAUGUUGUAUGACGAAUUCAAAGCGCGGUUAAUGGGAGGAGUAACUGCCCCGAGUGUUCCUGUGGAGAAAUCCCCACCUCCUUCAUCGCAGCCAGCGCGAGCACCAGAGCCUUCGCCGGAUGACUUGGUGACCCAUCAUCAGUCCCACGGCGACUUCGAAUUAGGGGACCGAGUGGCCGUGGUUGAACCGGAGAAGCCGCUGAUAAUUGGUACGCUGCGCUGGAUCGGUGUGGCUAAGCGUAUUUCCAAUCAGUACAUGUACGGAGUUGAAACGGACGAGCAAGUUGGUGAACACGAUAAUAUGGCGUUCGGAGGUAUUAUUGGGGACGCGCAGUCCGGUUACGCCAUUGCAUUCAACUGCAAACCUGGUUACGGCAAGUUCGCCUCCACAAAGGACGUGAAAAAGUUGAAGGAUCUUGAAAUUUCGGAUCCCAAACGACCGGAAAUCAAUUUCAGAGUAGGAGAUCGUGUGAUUUUACUGCGAGAGGGCGGUCCGGUUGGCACUGUGCGAUGGAAGGACGUGGAUGGACAUUAUCCUGUUGGAUCGGCUGUUGGAGUGCAACUGGAUAAGCCGUUAAGCCCCGAAAAUGCGUCGGAAUACUCAGGUGUAUUGAAAAACGGAUCGCACACAACUGACCUGCAUUGCCCUGCGGGAUGUGGAAUUUUUGUUGGAUGUGAUGAAAUUGUCCCAUGUGAUGAUGCGGAAGAUGUGAAAAACAGUGAAGAGGGUGGUUGGACUGUAGUUGGUGCAAAAAAAGAGCCCCAGCCUAGUGUUGCUCCGGCUGCUCAACUUGUUUCUUCGGUGUCGCCAUCGGUGACGCACCCAGUGUUCCCAGGCACUAUCUCCAAUCCGAAACAGCCACUACUCCCACCCCCAACUCCUGUAGCAGAAUUUGUCAUCGUAAUGAACGGCCGUGUUUUCACGUAUUUUGACGGCCAAAAGGUAUACGGGACUGUGAAAUGGCUAAGCCAAAGCACAAAAGAAGCCGGAGUAAUUUGGGAAACGUAUGUGCCUGGAACGCCUGGUGGCAUUCAUAACGGAAUCAAGCUGUUUGACGCCCCUCCUGGUUAUGGCUCUACCGUUCUCGUGGAUGUACUGCAUCCAGUGAAAGAGCAACCCGGAAUGCCUUCUACUUUUAACCCGGGAUUCAUUCCACCUCCGCAGCGCCCGCAAUUUCUACCGGGAUUACCGAUGAUGCAGCCUAUAGUGCCAUUAAUGCAGCCAGCAUUGUUCCCACCCAUUAUUCCGCUUCGACCACAAGCUCCUUUAUCGCCGCCUCGGGCAGCGUAUCCAGUCGCAGGGCAGUUCGUGCCUCCGCGAGCAGGUGUUUUCCCAGCUGCAAAUUCUCUGCAGCCGAUUUUAAUGCAGCCACCGCGACCUUCUUCCAGAACCGAAGUGGAAGAAGCUAUUCGGCGGGCCGAUGAAAUGGAAAAGCUGUUAUCUGAGCGUCAAAGCCACGUUGAAAUCUUUCGCAUGCACAUGGAAGAGCAAUUUAAAGAAGAAGACGUUAUGGUUAAAAUUGAUCCGAAAUUUAAAAACACUUCGGGUUUUGUGAAAAUUCUCCCCCGAACCGAUGAGCCUUAUCCUGUUGUCCACAUUGCCAACGGGGAAUUUGAUUUAGUUCGCACUGUUCGAGAAGUUCAGUAUUUUCCUCCAGUGUUUAUUCAUUUUGAAGUUCCGGAUCGCUACCCAAAUGUUGCCCCUGUUAUGAGGGUGGAGUGUAAUUAUGUGCCACAGGCUAAUAUUCUGAAUAUGGUAAACGGUAUUUUGGAUCAGUGGAGAGUAUGCCAAAAUGACGGAAAUCAAAGUCCAUUGUAUGAGGCUCUUCGGGUGGUGCGAAAUAACGUGAUGGCGUUGUUUGGUGUUCCAUCUGGAAUGACCAUCACCAGUCGGGGUGUUUCGGAGUCGGGUUUUUUGGAGCGGGAUGUCUUAGGAUUGUGCGUGUUCGACAAUGAUAAGGAAGCGCGGGUCCAUUUUGAAAGAAUCCAUAAAUUCAAUGACAAAAAGAUUAAGGAUGUUGAGGAACGCGAUAAGGUGGAAUGCUCCAUCUGUGCAGAUCGAGUUGCUCAGUUGGAAUUGUCCGACUUUUCGGCGGCAUGCCCACAUUUAUUCUGCCGCGGUUGCAUUACUAACCAUGUGCGGGCCCAAGUGGAGCAGGGGAACACUACUGCCAUACGCUGUCCUGGUGACGGGUGCGAUGUCCAGACCACGUUACAUGAACUGGCUGACGUAGUCAGUCGUGACGUUUUUGAAGCAUUUGGCGGAAAGCUGCUGGACCAAAGCUUAGCCACCAUGAACGAUAUUAUGCGCUGCCCUCACUGUACUCACGCAGUGGUGUUCGAGGCGGAAAUGCUGCCCCAGAACGAGCGUUAUAUCACCUGUCCUGAUCCCAAAUGCGGGAAGCAGUAUUGUCCUUGGUGCCGCGGAAAAGACCAUGGCGAUCAGCCCUGCAUGACCUUUGAGCAAAAACGCGAGCUACGAAAUUCAUACGUCAAUGGGAGUGCCGAGGAGAAAGCCCGACUGGAACAGCUGCACGGGAAAGACAACAUUAAACACGCCAUUGAAGAUUUUGACGCCGAAGAAACCAUCCGUACUAAAUGCAAAAUUUGUCCAAAUUGCAAGACUCCAACUGAAAAAGCUGAUGGUUGUAAUCACAUGACCUGUCCCAGAUGCCACACCCAUUUCUGCUGGCUGUGUGGUCAGCAGAUGCCGGAACGGGAUCCGUACAGUCACUUUGCAAACGGUCAAUGCAACAUGUACCAGCAAGGUGGAGUCUUGGGUAACUUUUUGGGUAAUAUCCGGCCGAUGGCUCGACCUCGUGCGGGUUACCAGCAGCUGAACCGUCAGCCACAUAUAUUUCGAGCGGGUUAUGCUCGGCCGCAACCCCAUAGACAACUGGACGAGCGGUUCAUGCGCGACUUCCUAGAACGACAUCGGUACCCAGAUUUUAAUCGGAAUAUGCAGUUGAAUCGUCUGGCGCGUCUCCCGGAGCAUGGCCAACAAACAGAUCAAGAGCAGAUUCAGGAGCAAGCAUGGCGUCAUCCAGAGCUGUAUAUAUUUGAAUAAGACUAUAAAAUUGAAGGAUGCAACCGGUUGCAGUGUACUCAGUGCAGCACUAAUUUCUGUUGGAUUUGCGGUGUUCUUUUGGAUAAAACGAAUCCCUAUAGCCACUUUGAUCGAGUGGUCGGAGGAUGUCCGAAGUUUGAUAAAAGA